AUGGCGUCAACUAGCCUCGAAGGCAUGUUUGCGUAUCUGUCGGAGUCAUUUUCUGCUGGCGUGAUACAGUCUUAUCAGGGUCAGGGAUUUCUUGAAGACGCACCAUUGAUUCAACAACAAGAUCCACUGGAGGACUUUAAAAAGUUCAACAGCGAUGAUUUGAUUUUCCAAGAAUACGAUCCACCUUUGCAGAAUGACAGUAAAAUGGCGUGGAAAAAAUCGCGACCUUCAGUUUGGUGGAAGUCGCUGUGGAAGGCCAUGAAAUGCAUCUUUUAUAUCCAGAUUCUCGGCGGACUGGCUCUCGGUUCACUCGCUAUUUUGAUCCUAGUCCUGGAUUUCAACUCCGUCGAUCUGUGUUUCGAUAGACAACUUCACGGGAAUUGGCACACGCUCCCUCGGAAUAUUCAAGCCAUUAUAGUCACUGCAGAAACAGUCGAGGCCUAUGUGGUACAGAUGUGGACAUUUCUGCUGAUAAUCACGAUGUUUGGUUGGCGGUUAGUGAAGAAACUCAAUCUUUUGAUUCUUAACCUUCUUGGUGCGUUUUGUGACACGUGCUACAGGCUGUACCUGCAGGUUUUUGGCAUUUACGAAAAGUCGUGGAUGUCCUUUCCUCUGAAUGCGCUCUUUCUGAUCAUUGUCGUCUCGAACUCGGUUCUUGUUGGGCGAGAAAUCGCCAAGAACAGCGUAGUUGAUAGAUCAAGAACACUGAAGAAAACUAUCAAAGUCUCAGCCAUGCUUGCAGCUCAGUUAGCCUUUGGAAUACCGAUAGCUUUUAUUCUUGUUUAUGUGCUUAUUCCUUUGUAUCACAGUCAGAACGAGACCAACAGAGCCGUCAUUGCUGGAGCUCUUCCUCUGGUAACUGCCGUUCCAAAAGUCAUAGUACGUUUAGCUGCGCAAAGAAUCGACUUUCUUCAUCCUGGAGAAUCGCACGUGCUGCUAAGCGUCUUGUACGUGGCUUCCGCGAUCGUUUUUCGAGUCAUGCAAGCCGAACUAACGAGUCUACGACUAUUUAUAGCACUGAGCUUUGCCCACGGCUCUGUGGAUCUGCUUGAAAGGGCCACCAUCGUGUUUCGCGAUUACCUGUGGUACUUUAUUUACAAAAAACUCAAGAGAGACGUUACGAUCUUGAGGGCCGACAAAUUUCGCACACCAAGAAGUAUGCGCUUUAUUGCUGAUAUGAGUAUUCAGAUGAUUCUUGGUGAAUCAACAGCUUUGAUCGCAGCGGUCGGUUUCAUUCAGUUGUACAGCUUCAUGUACAACAACAACACACCUUCGUUUACCGACCUGGCGCAGUUUUUUAUUCGCGUCUCUAUAGCGCUAAGUAUUGACUUUGUUUUUAAUUCGUUCUCGUUUUGGUUACAAAUGUCCUAUUUGAACUUUGCGGUUGUGCGAGUCUGGAAGAGAAGAUGGCGGAAACAUAUGCUUGUGGGUCUUAUUUUGACUGCAGUCACGAUGUGCUAUUUUACAACUCAUCUAUUUGCCGUUGUUAAAGACAAGCACUCCUCAGCAGCUAAAAUGAAUGAAUUCAAUUGCACAGGACCAUUUUCUAGGUUUUAG